AUGGCAAAAAUCUCUGCUGGAUCAUCGAUUGUCAAGUCUGAUUUAAUGUCAUCCACGAGUGAAUCAACUUCUGAACAUAAUUCGGGAAAUCCAAACGUCACAUUAUCAACUUCAUUACAAGCCACUGAGGUGGAAGUUCCUUCUUUCUCAUCGUUUCCAGAAAUUGAUGUCUCGGCGCCGUCUUUCUCAUCAUUUCCAGCGAUAACGGAUCUUGAAUCAAAAGAUGAGAGGAUUCGUGAAUCGUGGGACGAACCUUUGGGAUUAAAGAGAUCUCGCAGGAAACGUCACGAUUCAUAUUCAUCUUCGAUGUCCUAUGAGUCUGAUGAUGAGUAUUCGCGAAGUAAACGCUCAAAAAAAAAACAUCGUCAUAGCUCUCGUCUUUACGAAUCGCGUUCAACUCGAGAUCGCUUGGGAAAUACAUCAAAAGAUCGGAAAAAAAGGAGAGAUAAACAUAGAGAGCGUAGUCCAAGUCCACGGAAGAUAUCCUCUGAUUCAAGACUUUUUAUAGUUGAUCGUCGAGGAGAUCCCAACAUUUUAACAUACGGACUUAAUAAAUACGAUAUUCCACUAUAUCACCGUGCUGGAGCUGGUUGUGUUCUUGGCCUAUCGAGUAAACUGAGAAUUGAUCAAAAAGCCAGCAAAGGCAAUGAGGGGAUAGUGAUUCGUUCAUCAUCGAAUAAAAAAACUAUCCGAUACACAGAUAAGCGCUACGGUAUACGCGACGAUAAGGAUAUUAUAAGAUUUGAUUUUGAAGCGAAUCAGUCUUCUUUUAAUUGGAAUCAAACAUAUAUACCUCUUGACAAUGGCAAUGUUUCAAACGAUGAAGAUGAAGAUUACGACGUACCGGAUUAUCGUGACAUUGAACGUAAAAAGGAACGUGAUAUUAAAUCAAAAGAAAAUGUACAAAUAGAUAAAAAGGAAGGCUUAACCUACGAGGAGCACAUUAGACAGAAAACCAAGAAUUUCACUCUUCAGCUUGAAAGGGAACCACACAACAUAUCCCUUUGGCUGCAAUUUAUCGAGUUUCAAAAUGAAAGUAUGCAGAUCGGGAAAAAAGCAUCUAGUUCCUCAACAAGAGCUAGCAUCAAUGAGAUCAAAAUCAGUAUGUUCGAAAAGGCUUUGGAAAAAAAUCCAAAUAACCAGGAAUUACUGUUGGGAUUAUUAAAGUGUUGUGAGGAAACAUGGGAUCCCCCAAGAUUGUUAACGAAAUGGGAUCAAGUAUUGAAGGAGAACCCUCGCGCAAUAAAACUUUGGAUGCAAUAUCUUAAUUUCCGACAAACCAAUCUUGCUUCAUUUACUUUUACACAAUGUGUUGAAGUAUUUGAGGAAUGUUUGGAUGUGCUUAGAGGAGCCGCAUCUUCUGAGAACUUGAACGAUAUUGAAGAAAUUGAGGAGAUAAUGAUUCACGUGUUUAUACGAUUAUGUCAUUUCUUGAUACAAUCAGGUUACUCGGAGAGAGCAUAUGCUUGCUUACAAGGUGUAAUGGAAAUGAAUUUUUUUUUACCAGAAAUGUUAAAAGGAAAAAGUUAUGAGGAACGUCUUUCGAAGUUUGGAGAGUUUUGGGAAACGGAACUUCCACGAUUCGGGGAGAAAGGUGCCAAAGGUUGGAUGUAUUAUGCCAACGAGGAGAAUACGAUUGAUGAUAAUGAUGAGGAUAAUACGAGUUUUCAUGAAAGGAUGACUUCACCAGAUGAAGCGGAAGACGGCUAUCACAAUUGGCUAAUGGCCGAAAUAGAAUUGGAGAAAGCUCAGGCGUUACCGCUACGUUCAGACUCCAAAAAUGAAAACCUUGAGAUUGAAGAUCCCUUCCGAAUCGUGUUAUUUGAUGAUAUCCAAAGCUUUAUUUUCGAUUUGACUUCACCUAAAGCGCGCAACAAUAUGAUAUAUGCCUGCUUUAAUUUCCUUGGGCUACCGUUCAACCCUUGUCGAUCCUCGAGGCAUUCAUUUGUCACUGAUGCAUUUUUACAUCCAAAAUUAGCAAAUGAGUCAUUGGCAAAUUCCAAUUUUUGGCCUCUCUCGGAAAAUUCAGCAUUCACGGUAGUUAAUAAUAUUCAUGGAAUUUUAAUGGAGUCGGAGACACGCACGGGGGAUAACAACGUUUUCAAGUUCCCGUUGAAAACUUUUCCUCAGGAAAAUGAUAAUCUAUUCAAAUCUGAUGAUUGGUUCAGUAUCUGUGAAGAAACAAUGCUGACAGACUUUAACAUUACUUUUGCAAAAGGACGUAAGUUAGCAAAAGAAUUGUUAAAAACAGACAGAAUGAACCUUGUUUUAUGGAAUGGAUACGCUCAACUUGAAAAAUCCCGGAAUAACAUUUCCGAGGCUCGUAAAGUGUAUCUUACUGCGCUUUCAAUGUAUCGUUCGUUUCCGGAACAAUAUCAGCUUCAUGCGCCAUUACUACAUAGGAUGUUUGCCGAGAUGGAAUGGGAACAAAACCGUCCAAAUACAGCGUUAAAUAUUUUAAUAAUGCUAACAGAAGAGAAAAGUUCUUUUGAUUCCGUAUCAGAACAAGACAUGUCUCCACCAUCACCAACUAGAUUGCUCAGAGCGCGUAAAUACUACGCACAAAAAAUUUCUCAAAUGUCUACUUUGGCCGCAUCUCAAGCCGACGCCAGAAACGUCAUACAUCUCUGUGUAUGUUUUUCCUUGCUCGAGUAUCUAAGUCAGAAUCUCGGCGAAGCCUGCAAAAUAUAUGAAACAAUGCUUGCUGAAUUGGUUGCUCGUAAUGCGAGCCAGGCAAUAGAAUGUGAACUGACAUAUGUGGCAUAUCCUUUUCUUUCAACAAAAAUCCAAAAUCGUGUACGUCGAUUUUUGGAUGCUGCUCUUAUCAAGAAACCAAGUCACGUGUUGUGGACAUUUGCUGUAUUUGCAGAGUUACACCUACAAAAGACAUAUAAUCAACACCAGAUAAGAGCUUUGUUUGAAAGAGCGCUAGAAUGUCCAACGACAAGGCAUUCAGUUUCAAUAUGGAGUUUAUAUAUCAAUUUCGAGAUUAAACACAACCGGCAAGAUCGGGCAAAGGCAUUAUUCUUUCGCGCAAUCAGAGAAUGUCCUUGGUCGAAAGAUAUCUAUCUACUUGCUUUUCGACGUCUUCGUUCCCACUUCUCCACAGAAGAAUUAGAAGAGGUGAUGAAUCUAAUGCUAGAGAAAGAAAUUCGAUUACGCAUACCUUUUGAGAAAUAUGUUGACGAUGAUGAUAAGAAUUAUGAAUUAAUGGAUGUUAAUAUCCCAUCAAUGAUUUAA